AUGAACACUGACUUCCAUAAAUUAUUAUCAUUUAUAAUAGCUAUACUACAAACUGCUAUAUUUCGUUACGGAAACAGUUGUAUGGUUGAUUAUUGCGCUGAUAUCUAUUCAGAACGAUUAGAUGAAGGUGGCAUUCUUAUUGGUAUGAAUGCGCCUUAUUGUCAGAUAAUAACUGAUUAUAUUUACUGCUUGAGCGAAACAAAUCGCACAUGUCGCGGCAAUCUCAAAUAUCACACAUUGCAAACUUUGCUUCAUCGACAACGUCGUGAAUUUUCCUGUAAUUCAUUCCCGGAAGCGAUGAAACCCAGUAAUUAUGUACCUAUCGGAUGUGCAUUUCCGACUGAUAGUGCUCCUCAUGUAAUACAACGUUACUGUGGACUUUUUGGAUCACGACAUUUGCGCACACUAAAUGGUCAUUUUGAAACAUGUGCUCGUAAUGGUGCUUAUCCAUUAAUAAAUAACAAACAUUUAUUAAUACAAAUUACUCACUCGUUUGUCGCGAGUGGUACCACUGCUGUUUCUAAGGUUACUGUAAUUAUAAAAGAAAAUAACCGUUGCACAACACGUAAACAAUAUGAAGCAGGGUCAGAUGAUGAGCAAUUACCUAAUUCAUUUACGGAUGGUAGCAGAUUUGUUGGUAAUUCAGGACGGAAAGCAGUUGAAAUUAAAUCAAACACAAAUCAAACACAUGUUGAAAUUAUAUUACGUUAUUUAGCAACAAUAAUUUAUAUUCGACGACAUGGCAUAUAUUUAUCGGUUGCUUUAAGGAUACCAGAACGAAUAGUGCAGGAGCAAACCGAUAAUGAAUUUGAUAUUUGUACAUCAGGUUGUAGUCGUAGUGAAACGGUAAAAAUUGAGGAAGCAUUAGCAAAUCCUAUUUCAUUUACCAGAUGUCAUGGAGUUCGGAUAAAAAUACCUCUUAAAAUUGCAAUUGAACGAUGCAAACAUGCUAAUGUAACAGAUGCAUUUUUUGAUGCAUGCGUAUUUGAUUUUUUAAUUAGUGGCGAUGAAAUGUUUAUUGCGCAAAUUAUUGAUGCACAAGAUGAUAUCAUCGAUUUAUUUUCACCCUAUAUGCAUCAUUAUUUUACGGGUAGGCAGAAUUUAACUUUGUAUGAUUCAAAAGCUGGCUAUAAAUGGAAACAAUGUAUUCGACAAUCUUCCGUUAUUCAUUCCGAACAAAUAUCCGGUUCAAUUAAGCUACAGCAGCGAUACAGUAGUAUCAAUGAAUUAGUAAUACCUAUGCUAAUCGUACUUUUUACAUUUAACAUUUUCUAA